AUGACUUCUCCUUUCUCCUGGCUGCGGCGGAUUUACUCGCUCGACACCCUUGACACUCGCUUUACCUCCUCCGCUACGCCCGACACGCGACCUGGCUCCGCCAAAGAUGCCCGCGCUCAAGCAAUUGCCCAAAAUGCUCGCGCUCCGCUCUGGCGUACGCCGGAAUUCUUCAUUUACUAUCUUUUCUUCAUUACCCUCGUUCCUCUGAUGUUCAAAACCGUGGUGGAUGCUUCUAAGGAAAGCCACCCGAUUUACCCUACCUACUCAGACCUCCUAUCCCCGGGAUGGAUCCCUGGCCGUUUAGUCGACAACUCCGAUUCACAAUACGCCAGUUUUCGUGACAACAUUCCAUACUUAGUUUUGCUUCUCAUUGCACAUCCGCUGGUCCGCCGGAUCUAUAGCUCGUGCUCACGCACGAGUACCACAACAAAACCCUCCAGCUCGUCCACGGCGGCUGCAGGAGAUGCACAGCUCGAACAGCGGAUGCGCUUUGACUUCGUGUUUGGUCUUAUCUUUAUCACGGCCCUUCAUGGAGUUUCUGCGAUCAAGGUGCUCUCCGUUCUACUCAUUAAUUAUCGCAUCAGCAAGAAUCUCCCUCGAUCUUACAUUCCGGCUGCAACAUGGACGUUCAAUAUCUGCAUUCUGUUUGCCAAUGAGCUAUGUGAAGGAUACCCGUUAGAAAAGAUUGCCAUGUUCUUGACUCCGGGAUCUGGCGCAUCGGGAGAUAAAGGAUCCUUGCUGGUCCAAUGGGCGCAAACACUUGACAACUUCGGAGGCAUUAUGCCCCGGUGGGAGGUCCUCUUCAAAGUCACAGUGUUGCGUCUGAUUAGUUUCAACAUGGAUUAUUACUGGAGCCUGGACUAUCUUUCCGCGAGCCCUAUUGAAGUAUGUUCUCCUACCGUGUUUGGUUCCAAACUUCCAAUUUCUCGCCUGGAUAUAGAACUGACCGAAUUCCACAAGAAGAAGCAACUCGACCCCGCGGCUCUUUCUGACCGAGAGCGUGUCAAAAUACCCGCAGAACGGGCCGCCUUCAGUGGGCGCAACUAUAUCGCCUACGUGCUCUACUCACCAUUGUACCUGGCCGGCCCCAUCUUGACCUUCAACGACUAUGUCUCCCAGCAGCGAUACACACCUCUCUCGCGGACACGAACCCGCACCAUCCUCUACGGCAUCCGCUUCUUUUUGACUCUAAUGUGUAUGGAGUUGAUCCUCCAUUACAUUUACGCGGUGGCCAUCUCCAAAGCAUCACCAGAUUGGUCACUCUUCACCCCAGGACAGCUAAGCAUGCUUGCUUUCUUCAACCUGCAUAUCAUCUGGCUUAAAUUGCUUAUCCCGUGGCGAUUUUUCCGCCUCUGGGCUCUGAUUGAUGGAAUUGAUCCUCCAGAGAACAUGGUUCGCUGCAUGUCUAACAACUAUUCUGCUUUCGCCUUCUGGCGUGGCUGGCACCGUUCUUACAACCGCUGGAUUGUGCGCUAUAUCUACAUCCCAUUGGGUGGAGGUGGCAGUAGCCGAGGCCCAGCUGGUACAAAGCAGAACUCGCCUGCAUCAUCUGGUUUCUGGAGCAAAUUCUUGCAGAUCCGAAAUUUUUUGAUGGUAUUUACAUUCGUGGCCUUGUGGCACGAUAUUAACCUUCGUCUGCUCAUGUGGGGUUGGCUCAUCACACUCUUCGUUCUACCUGAAGUCCUGGGCGGUAUGCUCUUCCCUGCUCGACGCUGGCGUUCGCAUCCCACCGCUUACCGGUGGCUCACUGGCAUUGGGUCUGUGGGUAACGUCCUCAUGAUGAUGAUUGCGAAUCUCGUUGGCUUUGCGCUCGGCCUGGAUGGGCUCAAGGACUUAUUGGCUAGCCUCACGGGGUCAUAUUCUGGAGUGGCAUACAUGAUUUCGUGCUGCGCGGUGUUAUUUGUCGGGAUUCAAGUUAUGUUUGAGAUUCGCGAAGACGAACUGCGAAUGGGCAUCAACUUGAAAUGUUGA